CUGGCUGCGCGGGGCUCCCGCUGCCGCAGUGAGCGCCGAGAAGGCCCGCGGCUGCGGGGCGGGCGAAGGGGCCGGAGAGGUUCUGGAGUUUCCUUCUCUGGAGAAAUUCAAAACCCGCCUGGACGCUUUCCCGCGUGACACAACGUAGGGAGUAGGUGGAACAGGUGGUCCCACCCCUGCGGUUCUGUGAUUCUGUGAUCCUGAUAGAGCGGCCUUUCUCUGUUCACCGCGGGGCUCCAUCACUGAGCAGCACCGUUCCUUACAUCCGGGCUGUUACUUUGUCAGAGGAGCGCAGCAUACGGGCACGAUGUCACCAGCAUGAUUUCUGCAAGCAGCAGUCUGCAAAUCAGAGGGCUUAUUUACUUUCCCUCCAAUGUCCAGACAGAUCUUCACAUUUCAUCUUGUGGAACACAAGAAAAAAGUUAACAUUUGUGAUGGAAGAAAUUCCUCCAUCAUCCCACAGCAUGGAUGCAGAUGCUCUACAGAAGCUUAUUCACUUGCUGAAGGCCACAGAUGAUCCAUUAAUUCAGGAACAAGCUUUAAUCGCUCUCAGUAACAGUGCCACCUUCUCUGUAAAUCAAGAUAUAAUUGGAAAUCUGGGUGGCCUUUCUGUAAUUGGAGGGAUGCUCUUGGAUUGUGCUCCCGCAGUUAAAGAAAAAGCACUAAAUGCACUUAAUAAUUUGAGUAUGAACAUUAAAAAUCAGGAAGAGAUACAGGUAUAUAUUAUGCAAGUUUGUAAGAACAUUGAAUCAGCUCCUCUGAACUCUGAUCUGCAGCUAGCUGGACUCAGAUUGUUGACGAAUAUGUCUGUUACCAAUGCCUAUCAUUAUAAGAUGAUAAACAAGAUUCCAUGCUUUCUUCAUUUGCUUUCAGAAGGAUCUGAAAGGACACAGAUACAAGUUUUGAAAGUCCUGGUGAACUUGUCUGCAAACCCAGCCACAACAAGACAUUUUCUCAAAGCUCAAGUGCCAUCACUGCUGUCAUUCUUUGACAACUGUAUAAACAGAGAUAUUCUGCUUAGAGCCCUGGUAUUUGCAGCAAAUUUGAAAAAGAACGUGAACAAUGAAGAUGGCAUCACGACAGAGGAUGAAUACAGUGAAGAUUCAGUUUUCUCCAUGCUCUGCAGGGAUUCUGCUGCAUUUGCUCAGAAGCUGGCAUCUUUACUGCAUCACCCUGACACAGACGUGAAAGAGCAAGUUGUGAGAAUAUUAACACAAUAGAAUUUACUAGUGACUGAAAAAUAUCUCAUCUUAAUAUGAGAUAAAAAAUGCUGAAUAUUGUUCUUGGCACAAAUCAAUUGUAAGAGACUCUAUAUUAAAUACACUGGAGAGUAUAACAGAUUUCUUGUAAAAAGAAAGAUAAGGAACCGGUUACUUAACACUGAGAAACCACUCUGGUAUAUGGAAACAGAGAGAGGCACAUUUUAAAGCAUGAAAGCUUUUAGAUGUACAGUGAACAUUUAAAACUCAUGAAUAAAGUCUAUCUAAAUGUUCUUAAGGUCAGAAUUUUUGUGCCUUAGAUAUUUAUAGCUAUUGAAUAAGCAUCUAUAUAAUGAUGCAUUAAAGAUUCAGCAAUCAGAGCUUAGUUGUUUACAUUUUAUUACUCUGAUACCUGUGAAACAGCUGCAGGCAAAUAUUAAAAUCUGAAAGACAGUGUCAAACUAUCACUGACUUUCAUGCAGAAACAGUAUUUUCAAUGAAAAGUGCAUAUUAAAAUUAUGUAGUCAUGUGUACUUUCACCUAUCUACUCAGAAUGUUUUCUAUGUUUAAUACAUCUAUUCCAUUUAGUUAAACUGCAGGGCAGUCAGACAACAUGAAACAUUUCUAUACUUUAACAAAAAUCAAAGGGCUUUUUAUCUCCCUUAGGUGACUGAUAGUUUUACAUGAAAGUAUACAUACUUCUCAAAUUAUAUUACUGUCAAAAAAUCUAUAAAUGAAACUCUGUAUUAUCUUUGUUAAAAGAAGCCAGGAAGAGCAGUAUCAGGCACACUUUUACAAAAACUUCCCAUUCUGUAGCAGCCCUCAAACCUGCUUGGAGAGGCUCUAUGAGAGCUGAUGGAGAGUUCUAUUCCUGGAAUGUUAUCAGAACAAGUCCUUCUGUUGAGUUAGCCCCCAUAAAUUUUCAAUCAUCUCUGCAGCAUUAAUUUGAAGUUAAAUGGAAUAUAUCAAAACAUUGCAAAGGAAACUGAAGGAAGUUUCAUUGAUGAACAAAGAACGUGUAGUAGAAAAUACUGUACACUAAAACAAGACUACGAAAACUUCCGGAAUGCCACAUUAUGGAUAUACCUUGUACUAUUUAAGAGAAAUGCGUUACCUAAACUGUUACCAGAUGCUUCAUCUUUAACUUAAUACAUACCUUCCACUGUUCAUAAAAUACCUUUUUCUUUCUGUAUAUUCACUAGAUAUUUUACUUAUUUUCAGUAGACAAAUAGAUAAAAAGCUGCAAGAAAAAUAUGACCUGGAAAAUACAACAAAUCAAAAUAUCAACAACCCUGAUCAAUGAACAGGUCAAGCCAGUGAAUCUAUACAGGUAUUUUUAGCUCAACAGGAAUACCAUUAAGGCAGAAGUACACAUUAACGUGAAUCCUGAAUAGAACUCUCAAUGACUGCACUUACAGUGGGCUUUUCUUUCUCCUUCCCAUUGGUCCAAAACCAGUCCAUUUUGCAAUAUGCAAAUUGUAAUAUAAUCACUUAAUAUUUUGCUUGUUUAUAUACAUAUGUAUAUAUACAUAUACAUUAUAUAUAAUAUUUUAUAUAGAUAUAUACAUAUAUUAUAUAUUACAUUAAUAUAUAAUAUAUAAAAAUGUAUAUGUGUAUAUAUUUUUUAUUCUUUUGUAUUUAGCAAAGAUAAAUAAAGUCUGGGUCUGACCCUGAA